CACUUAUACAGUAUACUUCAGAGUCCUCCAUAUGACACAAUUCACCCUGAAUUACAUUGCUGAUUUGACGGACCAUUUAAAAACAGAAAUGAAGGGGCUCAACAAGUACCUGUUUCUCUUACUGGUGAUUUUCUUUGUUCAAGAAGAGGCAACUGAAAAAGGUGCACCAGUUCUUGACCCGUCAGGGGGUGCAACAGUUCAUGAAGUGACAAUUGAGCCUUCUAAAGAAAAGGCGAUUGAACAAGGCAAUGUGGCAAUAGGAAGAAAUGCUAUACAAUCAUCCACACAUCACACCUGGGACGCUGGAAAAGCUAUAGAUGGUAUCAAAGACAACUGGUCAAAGUGUUCCUCAACCAGUUAUGGGAAUAACCCGUUUUGGAGGCUGGAUCUGCUGAACAUCUACAGAGUUUCCAGGGUGGUCAUCACUAACCGAAUAGACUGCUGUCCAGAGCACAUAAACGGAACGGAGAUUCGUGUUGGAAACUCACUGGAGAAUAACGGCACCGAUAACCCCAUAUGUGCGGUUAUUUCCAGUAUUCCAGCUGGUGUGUCCUACACAUACUCAUGCUAUGGGAUGGUGGGUCGUUAUGUGAACUUGGUAAUCCCUGGAAAUGAGAAGGUCCUUAUUUUGUGUGAGGUGGAGGUCUACGGGACAGAGUUCACGUUAAGCAGAACAUUCAUAAAGGUAAAGCUUCACUUCAGUGCCGAUCUGACUGACCCUGCGACGAGAGACAAACUACUAGAAGAGCUGAAAUCGGCUUUGAAGUUCCCUGAUGCGAAUCUGAGCUGGAUUCGACCUCCGGUGGAAACCAUCACUGAGGAUGCAGGUGGGCAAGGGAAUCAAGCCAUACGGACACCUAGCCCAGUACAGGGGCUGACCGGAGACCCGGGCGAGCUAACACAAGUACUGGGCCUGGCGUCAGACUGCUCCGCCCAGUCUGACUGCCGGGGGUGCUGGAGGAACUCCACCAGUGUUCGCCGUCCGGGGAACUGA